CUUUUACUGAGUUCAGAAAAGCAGUGAGUAGAUGUUUUAAGCAGCAGCGUUUUGUGAACUUAAGUAGCAGUGAGGAUAUUCAAUACAUUGUAAUACAACUAAUAAGGAAGUAAGUCACUUAGGGAGGUGACUUUCUUUUGAAAAUGAAGUGCCAGUAUACCAGCCAGAAAGAACAAUCCAGCCCCUGUGUUAAAAAGGAUGAAGGUGAUUACAACAAAGAUUCACCAGCAUCAAAUCAAACAUCACCUUUCAAGGAUUAUGCAGAUGCUUAUCUUCAAGAAAAUAAAUCGAUGAAUACUAAAAUUAGAAGUUUAGAUUUUAAAGAUGAAGUAGAGCCAAUCUACAAUAAAGAAAAUAGAGAAGAUCUGUCUAGCUCUAGAUUUAGUGAUGGCGGGGGGUGUGGGUCUGAUUUUACCCUGAGCAGUAGCCCACAAGAAGACAGUGGAUACCUGUCUUUUUGUAGCAGUCAGGGCUGUAGCUCAUUUGAUCAUGUACAAGUUGACUCUAAAAUAGCUGCAGAUUGUUGUAAUCCCAAAGUAACUGUUUUCCACACACCUGGUAUAGCAAGACCCAUAAGAGAACUCCAAAAUGCUUCUCCAACUGACUUGAAACUGCUCCCAGCCCUGCAGUUUGAGCAUGCAGUUUGUUCUGCCUUGAUAAACUGCCAUAAAAAAACUCAGAAAUUUGAUUGGACUUUAAUUGAUAAAAUUGCAGGGAAUUUUAGUCUCCAUAACAUAAUAGGGAGAAAAAUGGGACUCGAACAUGUGGAUAUUCUACAGGAGCUGCUGCAGAGAGACAUGAAACAUCUUCUAGCAAAGUUACUACGUUGUCUUGGGGAUAUUGAUCUUAUAAACUUUGCAAGGGUGAGCAAAACCUGGCAACGGAUCAUCUGUGAGGAUAAAUUGGCAACCCAGAUGCACACAGAAGCUAAAGCGAGGCUAAUGGCAAGUUCUACAAAAAGCCAAUCGGAGGUUACUACGAGGAACAAUGUCAUUUCCAGGGUAGUGUUAUCUUGUAUUCAAGGAUUGGCUUCAACACCCAUUCAGACACCAUUAGGGGGGACAACACAGAAAAAAAUGAACCAGAGCAAUAGAUCUCAACCAAGUCGACAUACAGAGUUUCAAAAGGCUGCCAAUAAGCUAAAACAGCAAGAGUCUCAAAAAAAAUGUGGACAUUGUGGGUCUCCUGCAAAGUUUUAUCCACACCUUCAGAGGGCGACGUGUACCCGUGCAAGCUGCAGUUCUGACUUUUGCACAGAAUGUCGCUGUGAAUACCAUGGUUUGUCAAAUUGUGUAACUCGAAAAAUAGAAACCUAUAGCAAGAAAUCCGGACCAUUACCAGGAAGUAGCAAGAGCAAAAGGAACUUGAAAAGACUUUAAUAUAUAUAUAUAUUGUCACAGGAAUUUAAUACUAUUUUUUUAAAACAUUUUUUUA